AUGGCGCCAUCACUACUCGAGAUCAUCGAGACACUGCCGACGGGCGACACAUGGGGUCCUCCUACUACCACCGAGACGACCUUGAAUGGCGUUCCGUACGCCCCAUUCUCCAAGGGCGACAAGCUGGGUCGCAUGGCGGACUGGACUGCCGAAGGCAAGGAGCGUGAACGAGGAGGCCGGCAACAGUAUCAGUCACGGUAUAGAGACCAAAUCUACGGCGCUGGCGGACCCGGUGGCCUGCAGACGGUGUUCAACAUCGAGGGCCAAAACGAGGAAAACACCUUCUCGCUUGUGGACCGCUCCACACAAUCGACCCGAGGCCGUGGCUUUGGUGGCCGAGGCAGCGCGGUCUUCAGAGGCAGGGGCCAACGAGGACAACAGAACCAGCGCGGCGGCAGAGGGACGUUCCAGCGAGUUGGUGGACGAGGUGGCCAGCAGGGGUACGAUCCGCGUGGUGGUCGCGGCGGCAGAGGCGGGAGGAGGUUCGGCUGGAAAGAUUACGACAAGCCACAGCGAAACCGAGAAGCGUCCGUACAACCAAAGGAUACCUGGCGCAUGCUUGAGGAGAUUGACUUCAACCGUCUCUCCAAGCUCAACCUGGACACUGGCGAAGGCGAGGAUCUGGAUGACUACGGCUUCCUGCACUACUACGACCGCUCCUUCGACAAGCAGCCGGGGGCUGCAACCUCUGUGCGCAAGCUCCAGAUGCUGGACCGCGCGGCAUACAAUGUCAGCACCUCGUCAGACCCGGUCAUCCAAGAACUUGCGGAGAAAGAUGAGGCUACCAUCUUUGCCACCGACAACAUUCUUUCCAUGCUCAUGUGCUCUCCUCGUAGCGUGUACAGCUGGGACAUCGUCAUCUUGAAGCAAGGCAACAAGAUCUACAUUGACAAGCGCGACGGCUCUUCCAUCGACAUGGUUACGGUCAACGAGAAUGCCGCCGAUGCUCCGCUCGAGAUCAGCGAAGGCAACAAAGACCAGAUUAACAGUCCCGGCGCGCUCAAGGAAGAAGCUACGCACAUCAACAACGUCUUCCCGUCGCAAGUCGUGAUUGAGAGCGAGACCGGCAAGCAUGAGAUGAACAAUGAGCAUCCCUUCUACAACCCCGAGCAGGAGACCGAUCCGCCAGCUUCGAAAGCCUACAAAUACCGUCGCUUCGAUCUCUCUCUCGAAGCCGAUGCAGAGCCCUUGCACCUCGUUGUGCGCUCAGAGUUGGAUGCUGUCGUCAAGAACAACAUCAGCGGAGAAGACCAGUUCCUCACCAUCAAAGCUCUCAACGAGUUCGACAACAAGGCUCAGGGCUCCGGAGGCGCGCUCGACUGGCGCACCAAGCUGGCUAGUCAGAGGGGUGCAGUGGUUGCUACCGAGAUGAAAAACAACUCCUGCAAGCUCGCGCGAUGGACCGUACAAGCCAUCCUCGCGAAGGCCGAUCUGAUGAAGCUUGGCUUCAUCUCUCGUGCCACGCCGAAGAACACAUCUGACCACGUCAUCCUCGGCGUGCUCGGGUAUAAGCCACGCGAGUUUGCGUCGCAGAUGAACCUCAACCUCAACAACGGAUGGGCCAUCGUGCGUACGUUCGUCGACAUGGUGAUGAAGGCGGAGGCGACAGAGGGCAAGUUCGUCCUGGUCAAGGAUCCGAACAAGCCUACGAUCCGUCUGUAUCAGGUUCCGAUGAGCACUUUCGAGGAGGACGAAGGGGAGGAUGAUGGCAUUGGUAUGGGAAAGGUUGAUGAGGAUGGGGAGCAGGAGUAA